AUGCAGGUAGAUGCGAAGAUACUCCUGCAGGACUAUAGCGACUAUGAACGCCUCACCAAAGCAUUACACCCACAGUUCCUACAUAAGGAACAUCACACAGAUUACUUCUUUGACUUUCCCACAUUGCUGCUCGCACGGCGAGAUACUUUACUGCGACUACGCGUGCCGUGUGAUGAGGAAAAGAGAAUCUUAGCAACAACAACAACAACAGCAGCAGUAGCAGCAGCAGCAGCAAAUAACACGGACGGCGAUGCCACACACUCUGCCUCUCUCACAUUAAAGGAUCACAGUAAAGUGGAGUGUGGGGAACAGAUGUUUGGGUUUCUACAGGAUAAACACCUGCCAGAGGAAAUAGUGAAAGAGAUUGUUUGUGGUGGAGAUAUUGUAAAAGUGUUGCGGCAGUACUGCAAAGAUAUUCAAAAGGAUGCGGAUACGCCAAUCGCUAAAAUCAUUAGAGAAUUGGAAAGUAUCGCAGAAGACAUGGAAACUCCACUGCAAUUACAGCAAGUGGGUUCAUAUACAACUAUUCGAAAGGUAUAUAAGUAUAUUUCCUCUUCUAAUGGGGUAGAUGUUGUAUCAAAAUGUGAGAGUGAUAUGAAGGAAAAGGAGUUAAGACAAUCCAUGCGUAUUCGUAUAGAUGAAACGGUUUUUCCGUUUGGAAAAAUGUACGAACUUGAGAUUCCUGCUGUUUCAGUUCCACUUCAUGACAUUAUGGAAGAGAUUGGAAAAUAUUUACAAUCUCUUAAUUUAGAAUAUAAUAUGAGUUUGGAAAGUAAAUAUAUGCGUUUUAUGAAAUAUACUCAAGGACGUACGGCGUAUAGUGAAGAUACCCAGGAACUCAAACUUCAAAUUAUGAGUAUCGAAGGAUAUGAGGAAGUUAUUACAUGGUUAAAGAGUGCUGCUGAAGCUGCUGGACCUAUUUCAAUAACCCAACAAUCUACACAACAUUCAUAUAAAACUCCAUCUCCUUCACCUGCACGAACAUUUGAUAUGCCUUCGCAAAAGACUGUAGAAUCUGUUGGAAUGGUAGCAGGAUCUACACAGGAAUGUGGAACACAAACAUUGGUUGGUUUUACACAACGAACAACACAAGCAGAUCGGGAAUGUAGCCGAAAACGAAAUCGUGAUGAUGAUGAUAAUAAUUAUGAAGAGGAAUAUCAAGAAAAUUAUUACUUUGACGAUGCCCCUGAUGGAUCACUAAUACUUCAACAUUGUUUUCUAAGACUACGUUGCGUUAAUCGUGGUUCUUCCUUUUGCUUAACCCUAAAAGAAAAAGAAACGAUAACAGAGGGAUCACAGAAUUGUUUUCAGCGUCGUAUAGAACUUUCCGGUGAUAUUGCCCGACAACUCUUAUGUGAUCCGAGACAGUUUUUACACUCCCAACGUGAACACAAUGGAAUUGCCAAGAUCCUCUGGGAGGACUUUGGUCUGCGGAAUCUCAUCUGCGUUGCCUUCUUUCGAACCAAGCGGACGAUAUUCCGUCAGUCUAUUACCAUGACCGUACCGCCUUCUCUCUCACAAGAUCGUCAGCAUCACUCUCAUCAUUCUCAACAAGAACCCUCCUCACAGGAGCACACACCAUCCCCAUCGCAGCAGCAGCAACAGGAACGAUCCCUCUUCGCCGAGCCCGCGACUCUCCACACGGCCUGCGAUGUGAGCACCGCACUGUGGCUGCGGGUGGACCGCACGUGGUUUGAUGUGCGACUCCCCGCCGAACAAAUCGCCGCGGCGGCCGGCGCGAGUCCGUCCUGUUCGCCCGGCGGCCCUCGACACCCGCACGGCGCCGGGGUGACGGAAGUGUACGAAUUGACGGUCGACACCACCGCGAGCGGUGGUCAUUCUAGCUUUAGCAACAAUAGUGUUGGGCAGCAGAGUGUCUGGGCGUGGCUGACGGACGCGUUGGAGAAACGCGGUGUGGAGUGGCAGCAGGUGUCGCAGAGUAAAGUCGAACAGUACGCGGCCCUCACAGAGGCACGAAUGCGGCGCAUGAGCGAAGAGAGGGAAUGA